CGCCUGACAGUAGCGGCUUGCGGCUUGUAGGCUACACACGUGGGCCGGUUCGCGGUUCCGGCGGAUUCCUCUUCUUGUUGGCCUGGAGUAGCCAACAUUGACGGACAGAGUGACAGCAGUGGCCAGGAGUCGAGGGCUGAUGGAGUUUGCUGCUGAAAAUGAAGGGACCUCGGGAGAUCUCCAGAGAGUAACCCAGGGGGCGCGGCUAAGUGCCGAGUCAGGUAGGGAGGGAGUUGGGGACUUAGGGAUGGAGGAGGCCGGCGGUGAGGAAAAGAGGAAUGGACUGUCGGGAAUGAAGACGGGGAAUGGAGAGGAUGGAAGUGGACAAAGGGCAGAGGAGAUGCGAAUGGACUUGACGGUUGUGAAGCAAGAAAUUAUGGACUGGCCGGAAGUAGAAGAAGGCGUGUUGGACGGUCAGUGGGUAAAGCAAGAGGUGGAGGAUGGGCCUCAAGGGAAGGAUGAGAAGGCAGGCUUAUUGGAGGUGAAACAGGAGAUGGGUAGUAGUUUGAUGGUAAAAGAGGAGAAGGUGGAUGAGCCAGAAAUAAAAGAAGAAAAAGUGAAGGUGAAGGAAGAGGUCACGGUUUGGCCAGAAGUGAAGGAAGAGGAUGAGAAGUUAGAGAUAAAACAAGAGAUGCUUGUUGAUCAAGACGUAAAAGAGGAGAUGAUGGAUGGAGUGCAUGUAAAGGAAGAGAAGGAUUUCUUGAAGACAGAAGCCAUGGAUGAUGUGAAGGUGAAAGAAGAGGCCCAGAUUAGUCACCCAGUGGGCUGCAAGCGGAAACUGGCCAUGUCAAGGUGUGAAACUUGUGGCACAGAAGAAGCAAAAUACAGAUGUCCACGUUGUAUGCGAUAUUCCUGCAGUUUGCCAUGUGUAAAGAAACACAAAGCAGAACUGACAUGUAAUGGAGUUCGAGAUAAAACUGCAUAUGUUUCAAUACAGCAGUUUACAGAAAUGCAUCUCCUCAGUGAUUAUCGAUUUUUGGAAGAUGUGGCAAGAACAGCAGACCAUAUUUCCAGAGAUGCUUUUUUGAAAAGACCAAUAAGCUAUAAACAUAUGUACUUUAUGAAAAACCGUGCCCGAAGGCAAGGUAUUAACUUAAAACUUCUGCCGAAUGGAUUCACCAAGAGGAAAGAGAAUUCAACAUUUUUUGAUAAGAAAAAACAGCAGUUUUGUUGGCAUGUGAAGCUCCAGUUUCCUCAAAGUCAAGCUGAGUAUAUAGAAAAAAGAGUACCAGAUGAUAAAACUAUUAAUGAAAUUCUGAAACCUUAUAUUGAUCCUGAAAAGUCUGAUCCUGUAAUUCGUCAAAGGUUGAAAGCCUAUAUUCGGUCUCAGACAGGGGUCCAAAUUUUAAUGAAGGUUGAACAUAUGCAGCAAAAUUUAGUAAGAUAUUAUGAAUUGGAUCCUUAUAAAAGUCUCCUAGACAAUUUGCGGAACAAAGUGAUCAUUGAGUAUCCAACAUUACAUGUGGUAUUGAAAGGAUUCAGUAGUGACAUGAAAAUUCUUCACCAAGUGAAAAAUGAAUCUACCAAGAGCCUUGGCAAUGAAAAUUGAGCACUUCUUUUGGAAGAAGGUGAAAAUUUCCAGACAGUUGUUGCAGAGGACUGUGAAUUGGUGGACUGUCGGAUGAUUGGAGUAUUGUUAGUGGGUGGUUGGAGAUUUUUGUUUGAAAAGUAAUUAAACAAUCUAAGCUUUUUAAAAAUGUA